AUGCCAAGGGUGCGACCGUCGGCUUUGCGAGGGGGACCUGGCCUAAACGACACGGUGGGCAGGGGUGGGCGGCCCAGGCGACCAAGGCACAUUGCAACAAUCAGGCUCGCAUGCACGCCGGGGAGCAGUUUUGUCAAGUCACACGAUGGAACUGUAAAAAAAAAGACCAACGCCACCAAUUGA